GGGCCGGCCGCUCGCCGGGGCCACGUGAGAACAACGACGCCCCGACUUGUUUGCGAGGAGGUUGUGAGCGGCGGGAGCCGGACUCCGGAGGGAUCCCAGGGGCCUGCAGAGUGGCCUCUUCUCCUGGGGAACAUUCCUCCAGCCCAGGAGGAUGACUGUUUCCAGUUUACCAGAUGCUUCUGGGGGGCGGGGGGGCACUCCUUAGGAUUUCCGCGACCCCGAGGCGCUAACGAGCUUUGCCGUCGUCUGAGAGCCGGGCCGGGGUCUCGGUUUGGCUUUGAUUCAGAGCCGGAUGCCGCCCACCGCUGGGAGGGAGCUCCGUGCCCCGCGCGCCCCUGCGAGAUGCUGGCACGGGAGCCCCGAGGCGGGGCAGGGGUUAACGGCGGAGCGGGCUUCCGUCCAGGUCUCCUGACUCCCGGCCCGGCGUCUGCUGGCCUGAACCAUGCCAACUGAAAAUCCUCAAGAAUGGAAAAACAGGCCCGCAGGAAAAUAGAACAGCCGAGUAAAAGCGAUUGCUAAGUAGAAUGCUAUGUUUUCCUGUGGUUGGGACACACCGAGUUCAGUUUAUUUCUCCUGCGUACAGUUAAGGUUUAUUCUAAGUUAGGCCUGACUUUUUUCUUCUUGGCCAUCUGCUCAACGGUGCCUUCGUAGAUUAUUGUCUCGAUGGUGCCGGAAUUUUUCUAAACUCACACUCCCUGGGUUUCAGGCCUGGCCACGCUCACCAGCGGCCUUGCUCUGGGCCAGCGCUUAACUUUUCCGGUCCUUCACUUACCCGUCCGCAAAAUGGGGAUGAUAACAAUAGUAUUUGCCUCUCGGGUCGUCGUGAGAUCAGACAAUAUGAAUAUUGGGAAUGUGAUCAGCGCCCUGCUUUGCCAACAAACGCUCGUCCAGUGAUAGGAGCUCGAGUCGGAAGAGCCCCACUUGAAAGGCCCGUUUCUUACCCGGCUUUUACUUCCCACAAAUGCACUUACUGCUGGUUUCGAGGCACAAACCGCGUAAACGUUCGUGUGGGUGAAGACUGCGGUCGACACUGGAAAUCACUGCCGUGCGUGUUGUGCGCCCGCGUAACCAGGGCCUGGCUUGUCCGCAGGGUUCCUCCGCCGAAGCAGGAUGCUCUGGGAUCUGGUCCUGCUCGCCCUCUGGGCUGCGUCCGGCGCGCGAGCUGGUGACCAGGACGAGGACACCGCCUUCAACCUUUUCAGCAUCAGCAACAUAAACCGGAAGACCAUUGGGGCCAAGCAGUUCCGGGGGCCUGACCCCAACGUGCCAGCGUAUCGUUUUGUCCGCUUUGACUACAUCCCACCCGUGAGCGCAGAUUACCUCAGCAAGAUCGCCAAGAUCGUGAGGCAGAAAGAGGGCUUCUUUCUCACGGCCAGCCUGAAGCAGGACCCCAAGUCCCGGGGCACGCUCCUGGCUCUGGAGGGCCCCGGCGCCUCCCAGAGGCAGUUCGAGAUCGUGUCCAACGGCCCGGCCGACACGCUGGACCUCACCUACUGGAUAGACGGCGCUCAGCACGUUAUCUCCCUGGAGGACGUGGGCCUGGCUGACUCCCAGUGGAAGAACAUCACCGUGCAGGUGACGGGGGAGACCUACAGCUUGUACGUGGGCUGCGACCUGAUCGACAGUUUCACGCUGGACGAGCCUUUCUACGAGCGGCUGCGGACAGAAAAGAGCAGGAUGUAUGUGGCCAAAGGCUCUGCUCGAGACAAUCACUUCCGGGGUUUGCUGCAGAACAUCUACUUAGUGUUCGAAAACUCAGUGGAAGAUGUUCUAAGCAAGAAAGGUUGUCAGCAAAGUCAGGGAGCCGAAGCCAACGCCAUCAGCGAGAACACGGAGACACUGCACCUGAGCCCUCAGGUGGCCACGGAGUACGCGGGCCCAGGCGCGCACAGGAGGCCGGAGGUGUGCGAACGCUCCUGCGAGGAACUGGGCACGAUGAUCACCGAGCUGUCGGGGCUGCACGUCAUCGUGAACCAGCUUCACGAGAACCUGCGGAAAGUGUCCAACGACAACCAGGUCCUCUGGGAGCUCAUCGGCGGCCCGCCCAAGACCAGGAACAUGUCCGCCUGCUGGCAGGACGGCCGCUUCUUCGCGGAAAAUGAAACCUGGGUGGUGGACAGCUGCACCAAAUGCACCUGCAAGAAAUUUAAAACCGUUUGCCACCAAAUCACCUGCCCGCCGGCGACCUGUGCCAACCCGUCCUUCGUGGAGGGAGAAUGCUGUCCUUCCUGCUUCCGCUCGCUGGACGGCGAGGAGGGCUGGUCCCCGUGGGCGGAGUGGACCCAGUGCUCUGCCACCUGCGGGUCGGGCACCCAGCAGAGAGGGCGGUCGUGUGAUGUCACCAGCAACACCUGCCUGGGGCCGUCCAUCCAGACGCGGGCGUGCAGCCUGGGCAAGUGUGACCACCGAAUCCGGCAGGACGGGGGCUGGAGCCACUGGUCGCCGUGGUCUUCCUGCUCUGUGACCUGCGGCGUGGGCAACAUCACUCGCAUCCGGCUCUGCAACUCGCCCGUCCCCCAGAUGGGGGGCAAGAAUUGCAAGGGGAGUGGCCGGGAGACCAAAGGCUGCCAGGGCACCCCGUGUCCAAUCGACGGCCGGUGGAGCCCCUGGUCCCCGUGGUCAGCCUGCACGGUCACCUGUGCCGGAGGGAUCCGGGAGCGGACGCGCGUCUGUAACAGCCCCGAGCCCCAGCACGGGGGCAAGGACUGCGUGGGGGACGUCCAAGAGCGUCAGAUGUGCAAUAAGAGGAGCUGUCCUGUAGACGGCUGCUUGUCCAACCCGUGCUUCCCCGGUGCCGAGUGCAGCAGCUUUCCAGACGGCUCCUGGUCCUGCGGCGCCUGCCCCGUGGGCUUCCUGGGCAACGGCACACACUGUGAGGACCUGGACGAGUGUGCCGUGGUCACCGACGUCUGCUUCACCGUGGGCAGAGCCCAGCGCUGCAUCAACACCAAUCCCGGCUUCCACUGCCUGCCGUGCCCCCCUCGCUACAAAGGGACCCAGCCCUUUGGCGUCGGCCUGGAGGUGGCCAGGACGGAGAAGCAGGUGUGUGAGCCUGAGAACCCGUGCAAAGACAAGACUCACGCCUGCCACAAGCACGCGGAGUGCAUCUACCUGGGACACUUCAGCGACCCCAUGUACAAGUGUGAGUGCCAGACGGGCUACGCGGGAGACGGGCUCAUCUGCGGGGAGGACUCGGACCUGGACGGCUGGCCCAACAAGAACCUGGUGUGCUCCACCAAUGCCACCUACCACUGCAUCAAGGACAACUGCCCCCUGCUGCCGAAUUCCGGGCAAGAAGACUUUGACAAGGACGGCACCGGUGACGCCUGUGACGAUGAUGACGACAACGACGGCGUGGACGAUGAGAAGGACAACUGCCAGCUUCUCUUCAACCCCCGCCAGUUCGACUAUGACAAAGAUGAAGUCGGGGACCGCUGUGACAACUGCCCGUAUGUGCACAACCCGGCGCAGAUCGACACGGACAACAACGGCGAGGGCGACGCGUGCUCCGUGGACAUUGACGGAGACGACGUCUUCAACGAGCGGGACAAUUGUCCCUACGUCUACAACACGGACCAGAGAGACACAGACGGGGAUGGCGUGGGCGAUCACUGCGACAACUGUCCCCUGGUGCACAACCCUGAUCAGACUGACGUGGACAACGACCUCGUGGGAGACCAGUGUGACAACAAUGAUGACAUCGACGACGAUGGCCACCAGAACAACCAAGACAACUGCCCCUACAUCCCCAACGCCAACCAGGCCGACCACGACCACGACGGCCAGGGUGAUGCCUGUGACUCAGACGAUGACAAUGACGGGGUCCCAGACGACAGGGACAAUUGCCGGCUUGUCUCCAACCCUGGCCAGGAGGACUCCGAUGGGGACGGGCGUGGGGACGCUUGCAAAGACGACUUUGACAACGACAGCAUCCCAGACAUCGAUGACGUGUGUCCCGAGAACAGUGCCAUCAGCGAGACCGACUUCAGGAACUUCCAGAUGGUCCACCUGGACCCGAAGGGCACCACUCAGAUCGACCCCAACUGGGUCAUUCGCCAUCAGGGCAAGGAGCUGGUGCAGACGGCCAACUCGGACCCCGGCAUCGCUGUCGGUUUUGACGAGUUCGGGUCCGUGGACUUCAGCGGCACGUUCUACGUCAACACCGACCGGGACGAUGACUACGCCGGCUUUGUCUUCGGCUACCAGUCCAGCAGCCGCUUCUACGUGGUCAUGUGGAAGCAGGUCACCCAGACCUACUGGGAAGAGCAGCCCACUCGGGCUUACGGCUACUCGGGCGUGUCCCUCAAGGUGGUGAACUCCACCACGGGCACCGGCGAGCACCUGAGGAACGCGCUCUGGCAUACCGGGAACACGCAAGGCCAGGUGCGCACGUUAUGGCACGACCCCAAAAACGUUGGCUGGAAAGACUACACUGCUUACAGGUGGCAUCUGACCCACAGACCGAAGACGGGGUACAUAAGAGUCUUAGUGCAUGAAGGAAAACAGGUCAUGGCGGACUCGGGACCCAUCUAUGACCAAACGUAUGCCGGCGGGCGGCUGGGUCUGUUUGUGUUCUCGCAGGAAAUGGUCUAUUUCUCAGACCUCAAAUACGAAUGCCGAGGUGGGUGA